GCGGAGCUUGGAAAAGGGAGGCAGAGGAGGCGGAGGCAGAGGCAGAGCCCAGCGCCGACACCGACCGACACACCGACGGGGCUGGGCCACACAGACCCGGCCCAGCGAGUCCUCGCGCGACCUGAGCCAAGUCCCCGAGAGCCGGGCUCCGGACCCGCCUGGGGGCGCGGGCGGGAGAGCAGAUCCCGAGUAAGGCUUUCCUUGGCCUCCGACGAGGGCUGGCCCUUUUGAAGGCGCCUUGUUCAACAGCAGGACCAGACAGGCCACCAUGACCGAAAACUCCUCGUCCACCCCUGCGGCCAAGCCCAAGCGCGCUAAGGCCUCUAAGAAGUCCACAGAUCACCCCAAGUAUUCGGACAUGAUCGUGGCUGCCAUCCAGGCGGAGAAGAACCGUGCUGGGUCCUCGCGCCAGUCCAUCCAGAAGUACAUCAAGAGCCACUACAAGGUGGGUGAGAACGCCGACUCGCAGAUAAAGUUGUCUAUCAAGCGCCUGGUCACCACCGGGGUCCUCAAGCAGACCAAAGGGGUGGGUGCCUCGGGGUCCUUCCGGCUGGCCAAAAGCGAUGAGCCUAAAAGAUCAGUGGCCUUCAAGAAGACGAAGAAGGAAGUCAAGAAGGUGGCUACGCCAAAGAAGGCAGCCAAGCCUAAGAAGGCUGCCUCCAAAGCCCCAAGCAAGAAGCCCAAAGCCACUCCAGUCAAGAAGGCCAAGAAGAAGCCAGCUGCCACGCCCAAGAAAACCAAAAAACCCAAGACUGUCAAAGCCAAGCCAGUCAAGGCAUCCAAGCCUAAGAAGGCCAAGCCAGUGAAGCCCAAAGCCAAGUCCAGUGCCAAGAGGGCGGGCAAGAAGAAGUGACAGUGAGGCUUUUCUUGUGGACACUCCUGCCCGUCUCCUAUUUUCUGUAAAUAACUUUUCUUCUCUUGAUCUUCACCUGCAACCUUUGCCCCUUUCUAUUUUGACUUUAUUAAGAGACUGAAUUUGGAUUCUUCAGAAAUUAGGGAGUAAUUCAUUUUUCUUUAACCAGUUGUGCAAGGACAGCAUCAACAAAUCUCAUCUCUAUAAUGAUGAGAAUGUACUUAUAUUUUGUUUUGUUAACUUGUUAUUAAUCUACUUGUGGGUUGAGGGAUUGGGGUGGGUUUGCAUUUUGUUUAGUUGGUUUGUUCUCUGUGAAGGGAAAAGGGGGGAAAUGGCCAAGACAGACAGCUUGUUCUGGCUAGAUGAGAGGGAGCCCAGGAAUUCAGAUUUGUAGGCGUGUCUAAGGCAAGCAAGCUUCGAGUUGAGCUCCCCUUGUGAGAGUUUCAGAACCUUGGUGGGGAGAAGAGGGGAUGGCAGCAGCUGGACAGCAAAGGAAGAAGGUGGAAAAAAAACCUCUGGGCUGACUUCCACCUCGAUGAGCAAUGGGGAGUUCAAAUCGGUUCCUACUCGCUUCAGUUAGUUUGCCCCUGUGGCCUCCCUAUUGUCCUAGGGAAGGGGAGGGGGGUCAAAGUGACAGCUGGUCUGAGAAGCUGUGGCUUCUCAGUGAGCUGGAAACUAGCCUUUGGGGGGUUCUUUGUGGCUUCGGAAAGUCUUGUUAAAGGGAGUGGAAACUCGGGGAAGGGUGGGGACUCGGUCAGCCAAGUGCCUCAGUGUGCCCUGUUGAAACUUGGGUUUUUCCAUACAAUUCAAUUGUAUCCUAGGAGGACUUUUUCACUUCCCUUGCUUUUGGUUCGUCCUGUACAAGAAGAGGUGGCUUUGUGGGGCUCCUGUCCUGCCAUCAGCCACUUAACCUCUGACCUCUUUACUUCUCAGUCCUUUUAAAAGUAGUUGUAGAUGGGGGAGGGGAUAGUGGGCAGGGAGUGGACAGUAAGACAUACCGCAGGCGAUUUUGAAUUGCUAAGUAGUUUUGCAGAGGUUUGUGUGUAUGUGUGUAUAUGUAUAUAUACAUAUCUAGGGCUAGUACAAGUUUCACACCCGGGAGCUGGGAAAAAAAUCUGUACAGUCGUCUUUUAAAAAAGGAAAACGCGCACUAGCGCUUCCACCCCCACCUUUUUUUUUUUUUUAACAAGUGUUAUUUGUGCCGGGAAGAAUUUGUUGUCUUUGUAAUUUUAAAACUUUAAAAUAAAAUUGAAAAA